AUGUCCAAGCUUAGCUUUUACAUAGCAACCUCAAUCAUUUUCCUCAUUUCCGUCGCUGCAAACGACCUCAUCUGCAUCACCAGCACGGCCUACAACCUCACAUUCCAGCACAUCCGGUGCCACCCUACAUACAACGAGGCUGCUAUACUGCAGAAACGCCUUUGCAAUUUGCGGCCGGCUCUUUUGCAACAACUGCUAGACGACGUCUCCUCACGCAUUCUCAUUCCCCUAGCUACCAGAGCAACUCGCAAGACUCGUGCUGCAAGCAAGGUCAAUGAAGUCGCCGCUGCCUAA